AUGAUCAUCUUGCGAGUUCCUGGACCGCCAAAUGAUAAUCCUCAGGUGAUCAUCGUAGCUGGAAUCGUUGUUGGGCUACUAGCGUCCUGCAUUCAAUCACUGGGUCUUACGAUACAACGGAAGAGUCAUAUCCAGAAUCAAGCACGUCCAGAAGAUGAGAGGACCUCUGAUUACAGGCGGCCGUUGUGGGUUAUAGGAUUCGCUAUUUUUAUCACUUCAAACGUCCUUGGGUCGAUAUUUCAAAUUGCUUCGCUCCCAGUCGUCCUUUUGGCUCCACUCGGUGCCGUAUCGUUACUAUGGAAUGCGUUCUUUGCACGAAUGAUCCUGGGGGACAUCUUUUCCAAAUUUAUGGUAGCUGGUACAGCACUAAUCGUAGUGGGAGCUGUCAUGAUCGGCAUCUACGGCAUCGUACCGGAGCCCACACAUUCUUUGGACGACCUCCUACUCCUAUUCGGUCGUAGCACAUUUCUGGUGUACUUCUCAUUGCUAGGAGUCGUCGUUUUCGCAAUCCUUACUAUUACUCAUUUUACGGAAUGGCGAUAUAAUCGAAUUCACAUGGUAAUAAUGUCUCCACCACGGACUCCACCCCUUCGUCCAUUUCCUCUCACUGACGAUCAUGGUCGGGUUGAAGCAACGGAGACAGCCCCUCUCUUGGACCCAAAGCUUAGCCGGUCGACUUCGCCAGUAUCGCUGAGGUCGAGAAUCCCCACCUUGUUAGCUAUCUCAUACUCAUCCAUGUCGGGAAUAUUGUCUGGGAUGUGUCUGAUAUUUGCCAAGUCCGGAGUGGAGCUGCUCGUUCUAACAGCCGCGGGUCACAACCAAUUCAACCGCUGGGAGAGUUGGGCACUGGUUCUUGGACUCAUUGUUUUUGCGCUCUUACAGUUAUGGUAUCUUCACAAGUCGCUCGUACUGGAAGAUCCUACACUCGUUUGUCCUCUUGCAUUCUGUUUCUACAAUCUAUCAUCUAUCAUGAAUGGCCUCAUAUACUUCGAUCAGUUCGAUCGCCUUAGCUACAGAAGCUUGGGUCUUGUCACUCUUGGAAUUUUCUUACUUUUGGGUGGCGUGUGGGCAGUAAGCCACCAGCAAGUUGGAGAAGAAGGUGGUGUUCUGGAAGGAGACUGGAGUUUUGCCGCGGAUGUUAUUGAGUCUUCAGUCCCGAGCCCAGUGUUUACCACAUUCACUCGAUCAGAUAGCUCUGGUUAUGGCUUCUCGCAAGAUCAGCAGACAUUAUCCCCGUCAUAUCCACAUCGCAGGGUUGUUUCAUCUCCUUCAAUCCCCUCUCGAGCACCAUCACCAGCGCUAAAUAACCCACCCGACUCAUUUCCUAGCACCAGUGGGGCAUCGACAACACCACGACCGAGGGCGGUUAGCGCAACGCAUCCCACGACGACGCUGCCGCGAGGACCCAUCUCUCCGCCUCGCCGACGGUCCACACGCCGCGCUACUUUGCGCUUAUCGGAAGAGGCCGUGGUUCCUCCAAUUGGCGGGCCUCCAAUCGGUGGCUUCACGAUAGGGCUGUCGCCGUUAAGCCCAGGUUUUGCACUGGUACCAAGGCAGCGAGACAGCAGCUACCCUAUGACCAACUGUGGUACUGAUGAUGGAGCAACCGUUGCGGGAGAAAAUCCUCCAAACCGUGCAAGCUCGAGACUGGCCAGGUUACGCGCCAAGCUAAGAUGGAAGAGCCAUUGAAUAUACCCUUUCGCAUUGUAUGACGAUUUUGGCACGACAUCAUUUCAUUCGAUUCAUCACCGUCGCAUGAGCAAAUACACAUUUUCACCUAUUACGAUAUUUUGCAUAUGUCGAUAUGAACCUGUGAGCGCCAUUAAGAGACCCCCGAACGAUGCAUACG